AUGGCACCCGUAUACGUGCUUGACCCGUUUUACCUUGGAAUUACCGCGCUGUUCACCACUGGGUACCAGCUUUUAGGAUUCGCUAUUGCCUGGACUUUCCAGUUCGACAAGAUUACGGAUUUUACGGGAGGUUCCAACUUCUUCCUCCUAGGCGAGUCUCAGUCGCUGUUCACAAUGAUGAUGUGCAAUAUGUUCACUAUACGGAACAUCGUCGCCAGCAUUUUUGUGAUGGUCUGGGCUAUAAGGAUCGCCGGUUUCUUGCUGUACCGAGUCCUGAAGACGGGUAGUGAUACUCGCUUUGACGACAUUCGAUCUCACUUCUUUAAGUUUCUCGCCUUUUGGAUCGGUCAAAUCGUUUGGGUAUGGACCGUGUCCUUGCCACUGACCAUCCUCAACUCCCCCGCCAUAUCUGACUAUUAUGACGGCGGGGGCGAUGAUCCUGCUUUCGGAACUGGUCGUGACAUUGCGGGGAUUGUCCUCUGGGCAAUUGGCCUGCUGAUUGAAACCACGGCAGAUAUUCAAAAGUUUAGGUACAAGAUGUCUAGCUCUUCGCCUAAAGAUAGGCCGAUCUCGACAGGGUUGUGGGGUUGGUCUCGACACCCUCCCUACUUCGGAGAAAUGUUAUGCUGGUGGGGUAUUUGGAUCCUUUGCUUGUCGCCCACCACCAAUGGCGACUUGUCCUCUUCGAGGCGAGCUGCUCAAUAUGGUGCCGUCGUGUCUCCUCUAUUCACAUUCUUAUUAUUGAUGUUCGCAUCUGGCGUACCCACUGCCGAGAAGCCUCAGGCCAAAAAAUACUAUCUCCUCGCCAAUGGACCAGAUGCUGAUGGUUCUCACUCGAACGCAUGGAGGCACUACAAACGAUACGUGGACCAAACAUCCAUUCUGAUCCCGAUGCCACCUGUGAUCUACAAGCGCCUUCCCAAGUGGACUAAGCAGACGGUAUUCUUGGAUCUUCCGAUGUACCACUUUGACGAACAGGUGGAUGGCAAGGCUGCCAUAGAUGGAGCGAAGGCGAAGCCGUAG